UUCAAUUACAAAAAUGAGACAUAAUCUGGUCUGUCAGACACCUCGCACUGUCACUGUUCAUAUAAAGUCGAGUGCAUCUAGAUCACACCAGCAAAAAAAAUCUAUUAGUCUAAAACGUCCUAUUUUUAAAGACAGUCAGGAAAAUUGUGAAAAAGAUGUGCACAGUAACAAGUCUAAACGUACAAAAGGUGCAUGUCUGGUUAUUCAGCGUCAGGAAAUGACUGCUUUCUUUAAACUAUUUGAUGAUGAUCUAAUUCAAGAUUUCCUGUGGAUGGACUGCUGCUAUAAAAUUGCAGAUAAGUAUCUUUUGGCAAUGACUUUUGUUUAUUUCAAGAGGGCUAGCUUCAGUUUAAAUGAGCACACCAGACUUAAUUUCUUUAUUGCUCUGUAUCUCGCAAAUACAGUUGAAGAAGAUGAUGAAGAGUCAAAGUAUGAAAUUUUUCCAUGGGCUUUGGGAAAAACCUGGCGGAAGCUUUUCCCUAAUUUCUUAAAGUUAAGAGACCAGCUCUGGGGUAGAAUUGACUACAGAGCUAUUGUAAGCAGACGUUGCUGUGAAGAGGUAAUGGCUAUUGCUCCAUCACAUUAUAUAUGGCAGCGAGAACGUUCCAUGCAUCACAGUGGGGCUGUCAGAAACUACAGCAGAGAUGAAGUGCAGCUGCCCCGCGGACCAAGCGCCACACCAGCAGAUUGUUCGCUUUGUGGUAAGAAAAGAAGAUUUGUAGGACUGGGAUUAUCAUCCUCAUCUUCGUCCACUGGGACUUUGGAGAUGAUGGAGCAACAUGUAUCUCAGGAAUUGAAGGACAUUUUCCCAGUUGAAAAAAUGCUAAUUGAUCCUUCUCCUUGCUGUUAUUCCCAAGAUUGCAACAGCCUAUCCCCCAAAGGGAGAACGAAUAGCUGCAUGAAUCAAGACAAAUCCAUGGACUGGUUUAUAGGAAAUGAAGAAUGAAAUGUUUGACCGGAGUUAGACAUAGCUCAGAAUAUCAAACUCAGUGCAAGAUCAAUUAGAAAAUUGUUUCCAACAAUAUUGCAUAGCUGUACCAUAGUUCACUAUUUCAUUAGCAUCCCUUCUUU